GAACAAUUCAAGUCCAAGGCGACCAGCAAGGAGAGCCGUGUAGAUGCCAAAGAAGCUAUCCGCGAGAAGAAGAAAUACGAGACAAUCAAGAAGGCUCGCAACAGUUCCUUGGCUGCUGCUGUUGCCACUGGCGGCGGCGACGGUAGUGCUUUCAUUGAUGGUAUUGCAACUGGUCUGCAAAAGUAUAUCCAAGAAGGCAACACACUGCUUCAGGAAAUCGGUGGAGAAGGUGCUUCAACAAUGGCUCCGCUUCCUGAAUCGCCACCAGACAACAAACUCGGCGUUACCGGUACCAGUAUGGGAGCCAGCUUCGAUGAGGACGACCGACUGAAACUUGAUCCAUUACAACAACAGAAAGGCGAUUACUAA